AUGGCUCCUUACACGGAUAUCCACCGGUUCUUGGAGCCGCUGAGCAUCGACGUCGAUAGGUCGGAGGAGCUGUCGCGGAGGUUUCUGGACAACUUUAGGGAUCUGGCUGCGAAUUCGAGGGAUCAGUUCUUGCCUACGCCGAUAUCUGAGUCCAUCUUGAGGCCUAUCGCUGAGCAAGGAGGUGGGCGAGGAGGGACAAAUCUUCGAGUUGGCUUCGUCGAGCUGCACGGUGACGACCAAGAUCCUGCAUCACGUGUCCAGCGACCACUGGAGAAAUCGUGGCCCAUUGACAACCAUCUCAAAAACGACAACGCACACAGCCUCUUUUCAUGGAUAGGAAGAUGCAUCGCCCAUGUUGUGGACGAGGGCUGCAGAACAUUCGACAUUCCCAAUGAUGUGCCCCUGCCCUUGGGCGUCACUUUCAGCUUCCCCAUGGAGCAGCGAUCCGUCUCUCACGCCCUGUUGAUGGACAUGGGCAAGGGGUUCGCUCUGCCGUCUGGCAUCGACUUGGGAGCUUACAUCGAGAAAGGCUACGCAGAUUCCGGACGGACUGAGCUGCCGCCGAUCAAAGUCACCGCCAUUGCAAACGACGCCGUAUCGACGCUGGUGUCGUGCAUCUUUAGCUACGGCGGCGCGGAGCAUCGUCGAGCAGCCAUGGCUCUGAUUCUGGGGACUGGAUCUAACGCUACGGUGCCCCUGAAGCUGGACCUGCUGCAUCCUAGCAAACGCCCACAGACGGUGAGCCUUCUUCCUGGUGAGGAGGUUGCCGACGCAAAAAUUGCAGUCAACACCGAGUGGAGCAUCAAAGGCACAUUGGCGCCCAUGGCAGAGGUAAAUCUAGUCACCAAAUGGGACGAUGUCUUAUCUUUGCAGAACGAGAGGCCCGGGUUUCAGCCUCUGGAGUACAUGACGGCAGGGAGAUAUCUAGGCGAGCUGGCACGAAUCAUCUUGGUCGAUUAUCUAGUCAACGAGUCCAAAGUAGCCAUCGAGACACUGCCGAAGAAGCUGCUCGAAAAGGAGAGCCUGACGACGACGUUUUUAAGUCAUUAUAAGCCGCUACAGCCCCCAUCUGCCCUGCUGGAGAAGUUGCGACAACAGAUCCCCGAAGACGCCGACUCUUUGUUCGCGUGGACAGAAGACCUCGCUGUUGCACUGUACCACAUUGCAAAGGCCAUCGAAGUUCGGGCAUCAGGCAUUAUCGCCGCCGCCAUCGUCGCUCUGCUUACUCUUGCAGACGAGCUACCCGAGGAUGCAAACGCAGGGGCAGGCGCAGAUACGAGCUCCCCCAUUCGUGAGCUCGGCGUAGGUUACACCGGUGGCUGCAUAGUUCAUUUCCAGGAUUACCUGGCCGACUGCCAACAAUUUCUAGACGAGCUGCUGGCGCGCAGAUUCGGUGACAACGGACGUCUACGAGUCGUGUUGAGUCCUUGCCACGAUGGCGGUGUUACGGGAGCGGGCAUUUUGGUGGUUGCUGAAGCGUCGUCUAGCAGGAAGAAGUCGGAGGCAUGA